CUUUGCUAGGAGAUACACCAGAAACAGCGAUUGUACUAGCUGAGCAACAAUAUACUACUGUUGCCUGUGUCUGGGAACAUUAAAGAGCACAGGCUGGAUAAAGGAAUGGAGUAUAAGAUCUGCUUGGUACUGGCUACUGCCUUGUGUUUAGGAUCUGUCUGCCCUCAAAAAGGUAGUCGUCCACCAUAUGCCUGCCAAUGUCUAAUGGAAGUCCAUGAAAGAGAGGGAUGUGAAUCUUCUUUUGUGGGCAUUACUGCAGAGCAGUGCACGGCAAAUGGAUGCUGCUUUGAUGCAUCAGUGCCUGAUGUCCCGUGGUGCUUCAAACCAUCGGGUGAAAGAGUUUCACUAAACUAUGCAAGGAAAAUGAUUCCACCACAAGAAAGAAAGGACUGUGGCUUUCAAGGGAUCUCACGCAAAAGGUGCAAACGAAUUGGUUGCUGCUUUGAUCUAAGGGCAUCUGGUGCACCAACAUGUUUCUAUCCUCCAGUAAAUGAUGCUUCUCGACACUGUGUAAUGGAUAGGAGUGCAAGGCUGGAGUGUGGUUACCCAGGCAUCACUGCAGAGGAAUGUCAAGCAAAGGGAUGUUGCUUCAGUUCAUAUGUUGUUAGUACCCGGUGGUGUUUUCACCCUCUGUCGGACACAGUAUCUGCCAGGAUAUGUGGAAUGACACCCAAAAGAAGAGUGCAGUGUGGGACUCCUGGCAUCUCUGCUGAUGAAUGCAUGGAGAAAGGAUGCUGCUAUGAACAUCACCAGUAUGCCAGAACAGUCCCCUGGUGUUUCAAACCUUAUGAAAAGCAAGGAAAUUAUUCUUAUAAAAAUUAUUUUCAGCAGAUCUUUUGCCUAGACCUUGCCUUGUUAAUUUCUUAUGGAGUGCUAAAGGUUCCUGACAGAGGAAAGCAAGCUGCCAUGGAGCAAAAGAAGUUCUGGUUACUGGUGAUGGUCCUUUUCUUAGGAUUCAGCAGCCUGGCUAAUGGAUUUUCCCUGAAACCAUCUUCAGAAGAAUGCCAAGUGCAGCCAAGUACCAGAAUGAACUGUGGAUACCCCUACAUCAGUGCUCAGGAAUGCUACAACAGAGGAUGCUGUUUUGAUUCAAGUAUUGUUGGAGUCAUCUGGUGCUUCUUUCCAGAUCACUCAGAAUGUUUCAUCUAAAAUAAAUGUGAUCCCAGAGCCUAUCUCCUUCUUCUAGGAUUCCUGAGGAAUUAAAAUAAAGCUAAUCUUGAAUCUGUGGACCUACAUAUGCUCUCUUGCUGGUUAAAAUAAAUGUUGGCUUUUGAGAAUAUGUCAACCUUAUCUUAAAAAAUAAAUAUAAUACUUAAAUGCUAA